AGCUCACACUUAUGCAAGUCCGCAUGAGGCUAGAGAAUUCUUAUCUUAUCGCACUCAGGGAAGCUGCAAGCUUUCCCGAAGCUUUUCUUCACUAUCUCGUAGAAAAUGCAUCCAAGCUAAGAGAAACCAACCGAACCGAACGAUCGAAUCCUGGGCAAGCACAUGCCGCGGCGUCAACACAUGCGACACGCUACUGAACACGAUCCCGUCUCUUUUUCGAGGAAAUCCGCAAUGGUCCCGACGACACGUGCAUAAAAGCCUGGGAGUUUGCGCGCGAAGCAGGCAAGAAUCGAAAGGAAGGAGGAUUACCAAAAAGCUCACAAAAGCGGAAGAAGCACGAGAUGCAACGCCUGUUUACUCGAGGAGCUCUGGCGGCUGGCCUACAGAGGGUUGCCGUAACCCGUGCCGCCGUGCUUCGUGCGGUGCAACGGCCUCUGGCGGUGCAGGCUUCAAGGGACUUUUCCUGCACUGUGUCGAGACACGAGGGAAAGAAGGAGGGCAAGGAGGAGAGGAAAUGGUCCACGCCGCUGGCGAAACAGCUGGCAGAAGCUAUCUCGAUGACGGGCCCCGUUCCCCUUGCGAGCUAUAUGCGCAUGUGUCUAACGGGCGAUAUCGAUGGAUACUACACGGGUCUAGCCGAGGAGAACAGAGACCAGUUUGGUUUGAAGGGCGACUUUGUCACCUCGCCCGAGAUCUCCCAGAUUUUCGGCGAGCUGAUCGGCGUAUGGUUCGUAGCAGAGUGGCUAAGCCAGGGCAAGCCUAAGCAGGGGGUCGAGCUUAUUGAGGUUGGCCCUGGACGCGGUACUCUGAUGGAUGAUAUGCUUCGUACAAUCCAGAACUUCAAGGGCCUGGCGCAGAGCAUUGAUGCCAUCUAUAUGGUUGAGGCAAGCCCGCAGCUCCGCGAGGCACAGAAGAAUCUCCUUUGUGGCCCUGAUGCGCCCAUGACAGAGUCCAAGGUUGGCUAUCAUAGCGUUUGCAAGUACACGGACUUGCCAAUCGUUUGGACUGAGACCAUUAAGUCCAUCCCUCAAAGACCUGAUAAGAUGCCCUUCAUCGUAGCACACGAAUUCUUUGACGCACUCCCCAUCCACGUUUUUCAGGCCGUGACUGUUCCCCACCCAUCGCUACCCAAGAAUCCAACGCCGGAUCCUCCCAUUCCUCCCAAGGUUGAGUGGCGCGAGAUGCUCGUUUCCCCCACUCCACCAGACGCAACCCACGCGACCAUGAAGAUCCCCAAGUCUGAACAGGGCGACCCGAUUCCUGACUUCCAGAUGACGCUCUCACCGGGCACUACCCGUCACUCACGGUACCUCCCCGAGAGCUCGUCCCGCUACAGCCGCCUCAAGGCCUCGGUCCCGGACGCCGUUGUCGAAAUCUGCCCGGACGCUUCGCUCUACGCCUCCGACUUCGCCAGCCGCAUCGGCGGCUCCAAGAAGCACCCCAAGUCUCGACCCACAGGCGCCGCCCUCAUCCUCGACUACGGCACCUCCGACACCGUCCCCAUAAACUCGCUGCGGGGCAUCCGCCGCCACCGCCGCGUCAGCCCCUUUUCUGAACCCGGCCUCGUGGAUCUGAGCGCAGACGUCGACUUCACCGCCAUUGCCGAGGCUGCCACACGCGCGAGCCAGGGCGUUGAGGUCCAUGGCCCCAUCGAACAGGGUGCGUUCCUGGAACUGAUGGGCAUCAGGCAGCGCGCCGAGGUGCUCAUGAAACAGGUCAGGGGGAAGGAAGAGUUCGUGAAGGCAGAGGACAUUGCGAGGGCUUGUGGACGCCUUAUCGACUGUGGCCCUGGAGGAAUGGGCAAGGUCUACAAGGUGAUGGCGAUUCUGCCGGAGAAUGCCGGACGCAGACGUCCUGUUGGCUUUGGUGGCGACGUGUAACAAUGCCUUGUUGCACAAAGUGCCCUCGGCCCGGGUGCUGAAUGAUACCACCUGGGAGUGAUUGACGAAAGACGUCACUCACAUUACAUUGUAGCAACAAAGAACGCAUUACUAGCGAUCGUAUUAUUUGACAUCCAUUCUAGAAGGACAA